CCAGGAUUAUCAUUUGGUUUGCAGUCAGAAUUACUGACAGGGUUGCUGGAAGGUCUGGUGUCAGGAGUGCUGAUUGGUUGGCAGUCAGGAUUGCUGACAGGGUUGCUGGAAGGUCUGGUGUCAGGAGUGCUGCUUGGUUUGCAGUCAGGAUUGCUGACAGGGUUGCUGGAAGGUCUGCUGUCAGGAGUGCUACUUGGUUUGCAGUCAGGAUUGCUGACAGGGUUGCUGGAAGGUCUGCUGUCGGGAGUGCUGCUUGGUUUGCAGUCAGGAUUGCUGACAGGGUUGCUGGAAGGUCUGGUGUCAGGAGUGCUGCUUGGUUUGCAGUCAGGAUUGCUGACAGGGUUGCUGGAAGGUCUGGUGUCAGGAGUGCUGAUUGGUUGGCAGUCAGGAUUGCUGACAGGGUUGCUGGAAGGUCUGGUGUCAGGAGUGCUGAUUGGUUGGCAGUCAGGAUUGCUGACAGGGUUGCUGGAAGGUCUGGUGUCAGGAGUGCUGCUUGGUUUGCAGUCAGGAUUGCUCACAGGGCUACAGGCACGAUUGCUGACAAGGCUGCUGAUUGGUUGGCUGUCAGGAUUGCUGACAGGGUUGCCGGAAGGUCAGGUGUCAGGAGUGCUGCUUGGUUUGCAGUCAGGAUUGCUGACAAGGUUGCUGGAAGGUCUGGUAUCAGGAGUGCUGCUUAGUUUGCAGUCAGGAUUGCCAACAGGGCUACAGGCAUGAUUGCUGGCAGGGUUACUGAUUGGUUGGCAGUCAGGAUUGCUGACAGGAUUGUCAUCAAAAUCACUUCCAGGUUUACAAGCAUGGUCGAUACAAGGUUUUCUGUCACUAUUAACACUGAAAUAGUAUGACUUUUCCCACUCGCCAUGAUCAUACCUCAUGAGUGGGAAUUGACCUGGAACCAGGACACAGUGCUUUUUCUCUGUGUAUUCAUAAUUACAGUAGUCUGGACCAAAUAAAUCAGACAGCAGUUGAUCUAUCCUUCCAAUCCAUGCUUGUUCUUCCCCUGACCAGGUCAUCCUUUUGGGCCUCCAUCCACAUCCUCGAUAGUAGAAGGGCUUUCCUAAAACAAAAAAAGCCAUACAAGAGGCCUGUGAGGUGUGUCUGAAUAAUUGCAUUUUUGUAUUUCAUAUAACUAUUAUUUUAUUCAACACUCUUCACUUUUCAUUGGCAGAACAUAAAUCUUCACUUUCAUGAACAAAAAUUCCAUGCAACAGGAAAAUUUCGUUUUUGUGCAGGAAUUUUCAUUUCAAGUACUCAAUGCUUCAUCAGUAUAAAGCAGCGUUCAAUUUUAGACACACUAUCUAGAGAGGGUAAGUGUAAAAUGAAACCUGCAGAGGAUGGUGUAAAAUUGUUCAAGUAUUCUAAAGAAGAGUUUGCCAUGUGGCUGGACUUUGGCAAUAUCUGAAGCUCAGUCUGCCAGCAGCACUGUUGCAAAUGACAUAUAACAGGGAUAGUAUCAAGAUGUUACAAAUUGGAAAUUGGAAAUUUGUAACAAAUUGGAAGCAAAUUAUAUUCACCACAAAGGAACCAACAAAAGGUA